AUGAGCAUCGACGCUGGCGGUGUUGCUCAAAUGACCUACCAGUCUCCCUUCAACAACUCGAUUGGCGUUUCUGGCCCGGGCUAUGCUUCUCGUGGGAAAGGGUCUCACAUCAAACGUCUCAGUGUUGCCCCUCCUCCCAAAAUCUCAACCAUCGACGAGACCCAACAGGCAAAUGUCAACUCGACUCCACGUACCAGUCGCGGCCACCUUUUGGCUGGCCUUCGGACCGCUCCAAAGUCGGCCACGGUCCCUCCUGCCACCAAUGGUUUAGGUCCAGAGGGCAGCAGGUACGGCCCUUCGUACCAUGGAGCCCAGAUUCCUCAGACGGCCACUGGCAUGCACUUUGCAGGCAAUCGGAACUCGUUCAGGAACAGCUUCCAUCAGUCCUACUCCCUUCCUGAGCAUGUCCUGGCCCCUCCCGCUCUUGACUUCGUCGACGGCGCCGACACUAUGGAUCAAACCUUGUACGAUGAAUUGGUAGCAACCAACAAUUACCUUGCACAACAGCAACGAGCUCUCCAGCAGCAGUUGUUCAACGUCACUGCUGCGGCCCAGCAGUUGGGAGGACUGAAUCUCAACGCCGGGAUGGUGCACAAUACUGGACAGCAGUUCCAGUCUCCCGUCGGUUCUCCCUUGAGCCUGUACAACCAGCAGUUCCAGCAGGGCUUGCAACCAGUUGUUCAACCCGUUCCUGGCAGUCCGGGAGUCUUUGCUGUCUACAACCCUAUGACUGGCCAGUCCAACAUUGUCGUCGACAGUUCGGUUCAACAACGACAGGUUGUGUCUCCUCAUGGUCGUACCCAUUCUGUUUCGCCUCCACCCACCACCACCACGCCUGGCUAUCAGCAACAAUUCAACGAAACUUCGUACCCUCUCACUGAAACUCGCUCAAAGACCCCUCCCAAGUCGACACCGUCCCCGCAGCAAUCGGUUGAGCCCUUGCCCCCUCCCUCUGCCAAUGCUUUCCGACGAGGUCACCGCAAGAACAUCUCGUCCGUCAAUGUCAAGACCGCGGGCGAAUGGACGAGGGCAUCCGGCGUGAGAUCGGCAGGAUUUCCGCAAACUCCUGCCACGGGCACAUUCGGGCCUGGACAAGCCAGAGCGGGAGAGCAUCCUGUCAGACAGCCCAAGGGUCCCCCGCUACUUCAGGAGCUUCAGGAAAAGCCCACUGCCAAACAUGAGGGAAGCAAAAACUUUGCAACUCGACAACGCCGUCAGGCCGUUCAUGACUUGGUUCGUGCUGGUCGUGAGCGCCGCAGCGAUGGUCGUCAAUCCGGUUCCGGAGCUGGAACACCCGGCAGUGAGAAUGAAUUCAACUUUUCCGUCUCAUCCGACAAUGAUUCCAUGCUUGCUGGCAGCACCAGCCUCUCGAGCAGGCCAAGCCUUGGCAGUCUGCGAGCUGCUGCCAAUGGUGCAAUCGGCUCUGAGAUCAAGGAAAAGUCCCGGGAACGGUCAUCGGUCGACAGUGUAGGAGCCAUCAGUGCUAAGAGCCUGAGCAGUGACGAAGGCAAUUCUCUGGGAGGAGCAUUUGUUGAAGUCGAGCCAGCAAGACGCAACACCCCACGCCUGGUUCUCAGCAGUGCCGAGAAGCGCAAGAGCUUCAUUAUGUGA